CAUUUCCGGCUGGACAAGAAAAAAAGACACGAAAAAAUAGGGAAUGCGCUCAGAGUAUAAUCGUGUGGCAAGGCGUGCCUCAACAAAGAGAUCCUUCUCUUUAUUAUUCAAUACAAUGGCCGACGCUUCUACUGUCACCAUUCGCACUCGUAAGUUCCUUACUAACCGUUUGCUUCAACGUAAGCAAAUGGUUGUUGAUGUCAUUCACCCUGGUCUCGCCAAUGUCUCCAAGGAUGAACUCCGUUCCAAGAUUGGUAAGAUGUACAAGGCUGACAAGGAAGUUGUCUCUGUCUUUGGUUUCAAGACCCACUUUGGUGGUGGAAAGACCACUGGUUUCGCUUUGAUCUACGAUAACGUUGAAGCCUUGAAGAAGUUCGAACCCAAGCACCGUCUUGUUCGUAUUGGUCUUGCUGAAGCUCCCAAGGGUGGUCGUAAGCAACGCAAGGAAAAGAAGAACCGUGAAAAGAAGUUCCGCGGUGUCAGAAAGUCCAAGAAGCCCAGAAAGGAAUAAAUU